CACCGGUUCCUCAAAUGUUUCGCGGUUGCCAGGACGGCCCGCCGCUGCUCUGCGUCACGUGCGAGUGGGAAGUCGCGUCGACACCGACUUGAGCCGUGCCGGGCCGAGCGCUCGCAGUCGGAGCUGAGCUCUCGGGCUCCCGGCCCCCGCCGCCCGCCGCCCGAUCCCGGCUGCGGAGCUGCCCCGCCGCCCGCCGCCCCGCGCACAAGGAAGCAUGCUGGCCGUCGGCUGCGCGCUGCUGGCCGCCCUGCUAGCCGCGCCCGCGGUCGCGCUGGCCCUCGGGAGCUGCCGCGCGUUGGAGGUGGCAAAGGAUACGGUGACUAGCCUGCCCGGGGCCACUGUCACCCUGGUCUGCCCUGGGAAGGAAGCAGAAGGCAAUGUCACCAUUCGAUGGGUGUCCUCUGGCUCACAACACAGACGGUGGACGACCAUGGGAAACACGCUGCUUCUGAGGGCAGUGCAGCUCAAUGACACCGGGAACUAUUUAUGCUUCCUGGAUGGUCACCUGGUUGGGACUGUGCCCUUGCUGGUGGAUGUUCCUCCAGAGGAGCCCAGACUCUCCUGCUUCCGGAAGAACCCCCUUGUAAGUGCUACUUGUGAGUGGUUUCCAAGCGGCAGCCCUUCUCCAAUGACCAAGGCCGUGCUGUUCGUGAAGAAAAUCAACAGCACCAACUCCAAGAGUGACUUCCGGGUGCCCUGCCCGUAUUCCCAGAAGUUCGGAGGCUUCUCCUGCCAGGUGGAAAUCCUAGAGGGUGAAAGAGUUUACCACGUCGUGUCACUGUGUGUUUCCAACAGUGUCGGAAGCAAGUCCAGCAGCAACGUGGCAUUUCAGAGCUUAAAAAUUGUGCAGCCUGACCCACCUAUGAAUCUGGUCGUAUCGGCCAUUCCUGGAAGGCCUCGUUGGCUCAACGUCAGCUGGCAAGACCCUGAGUCCUGGGGCUCAAGUUACUACAUGCUGAAGUUUGAGCUCCGAUACCGGCCUGUGUGGUCAAAGACAUUCACCGUGUGGCUGCUCCAGGCGGCCCAGUACCAGUGCAUCAUCCAUGAUGCCUUGCGAGGAGUGAAGCACGUGGUUCAGCUCCGUGGAAAGGAGGAGCUUGAGACUGGCCAGUGGAGCGAGUGGUCCCCGGAAGUCACGGGCACUCCUUGGAUAGAGCCCAGGAGCACCCCUGCCGGGAUCCUUGGAAGCCCCACGCAGGUCUCUGAUGAAGACUAUGAUGAUGAGGAGGGGGAUCAGUACAAUUCUCUAGAAGCAACAAGCAGCCCGGCCUCAGUACAAGAAUCUUCCUCAAUAUCGCUUCCCACAUUCCUGGUGGCUGGAGGAAGCCUGGUGUUUGGGUUGUUCCUUUGCGUCGGCAUCAUCCUGAGGCUCAAGAAGACAUGGAAGUCCCAGGCCGUGAAGGAGAGUAAGAUGAGUUCUCCCCCGCCAUAUUCCUUGGGACAGCUGAAGCCGACCUUCAUCUUGGUCCCUCUCCUUACCUCCGCAGGGUCCCACAACAGCUCUAGGCCCGACAACACCGUAAGCCAUGGCUGCCUGGGUGUCAGGGACCUGCAGAGCCCUUAUGGCAGCAGCAAUAGAGACUACUUAUUCCCCGGAUAGACGUCUGGAUGGUACCUGGCAGCUGGCACUGUGUCAGGAGAUGGGCACACAGGUUUCUUACUGCUAUUCCAGCUCACCUGGGUCGGGGGUGGGGGUGGGGGUGGCCGCAGCUCCGUUUCCGAGGAGAAUCUUGCAGAAGAUUCGGGAACCGGUCAAGACUGGUAUGCUACAUACGCUCCAAAGGAAGGGGCCUCCAUGAAGAGACCUGCGGUGACUCUGGAUAGAGGUGCUCAUCUACACACUGAUAAGCCUUCACAAGCUGCACCCUCAGGAUAGCCUCAGUUAGAGGUACCAAAGGUUGCCCCAGUUGCCUAGCUCUGGCUCACUGCCCUAACCCACCUUUUAGCUUGAACUCUUAAAAUCCAAGCACCUUUGACAUUCUCUUUUCCGAGGCCAGUAAGGCUUGGCAGGAAGCUCGUUCCUUCCUUCUCAGCACCUGGAAAGCCGUUGGAAAAGCAGCUGGAAGGUGGUUGUGGUGACUGAUAUCUCAGGGCCUGGCGGGUUUAAACGGAAUGACAAUUAACUUCUUAUAAGCAUUUUUCAAAUGUGAAGGACAGCCCUAGGCACUGACGGCUGUAGAAGUUUGCUCUCCGUCUUUGAUCUCAGGACUUCAGGAGAAGAGAAGCAGAAAGGGAGUAGGGACGGACAGAUGUCCACUGUCCCUGUUGUAGUUGAGGGGGCACAGCCUCUGAAGACAUGUUUUCUGUCCUCCACUACUCUCCCAGGGGAGGGAUGGUGUUAGUGAGGGCCUGCCUCUGCCAGGGCGAGAGUGUGUAACUGCUUUAUUCGAGUCUGGCCUAUACUGGUUUCAACUGGAUCUGAGCUACUAGACAAGAUGACAUUCAUGCAGAAAGAAAAAUUUAACUAGCAAGAAAGCGCCC